AAUGAGACUUCCUGUUCCUACACAUUACUGUCAGAAGUAAGUGAGGUGGUGUGUCUCUGUCGCUUUACAUUUAGCUUGCUAGUUGCAGUCAGACUGAUUGCAGAAACUACUAUCAGCUGGGCUGCACUCCUUCUUAAUCCCAGAUUAAACUGCGGCCCCCUCCUCAAACAACCCCCCUCUUCUUCCUACUCACCCCACCCUCCCCCGACCUCUAGCUCUUAACUGUUCUGUGGUUUUUGAGGAUUAACGGCUUUGAGUUUGACAGCGCUGGAGACUGACAAGCUGCGGCCAAUAUGGUGAGGUGGUUUCACCCAAACAUUUCUGGGAUAGACGCGGAAGAACUGCUGUUGACCAGAGGGGUGCAUGGAAGCUUCCUAGCAAGACCCAGCAAAAGCAACCCUGGAGACUUCACCCUGUCUGUACGGCGCAGUGAUGAAGUCACGCACAUCAAAAUCCAAAACUCUGGUGACUAUUAUGACUUGUAUGGAGGAGAAAAGUUUGCCACACUGGCAGAGUUGGUUCAGUAUUAUACUGAGCAGCAGGACCUGUUACGGGAGAAAAAUGGAGAUGUAAUUGAACUGAAAUAUCCACUGAACUGCAAAGACCCAACCUCUGAAAGAUGGUAUCAUGGCCACUUAUCUGGAAAGGAUGCAGAAAAGCUAUUAAUGGAAAAAGGAAAAGCUGGAAGCUUCCUUGUAAGGGAGAGCCAGAGCAAACCAGGUGACUUUGUCUUGUCAGUUUUGACCAAUGAAGAGAAGCAUGAGAACAUGGAGCGCAAAACCAAAGUAACACAUGUCAUGAUCCGAUAUCAGAAUGGGAAAUACGAUGUUGGUGGAGGAGAGCAGUUUGAUACCCUGACAGAUCUGGUGGAACAUUACAAGAAAAACCCAAUGGUUGAAAAGAGUGGAAUUGUGGUUCAUCUCAAGCAGCCAUUUAAUACUACAAGAAUAAAUGCAGCCAACAUUGAAAACAGAGUGAAGGAGUUAAACAAAGUAGCAGAUAAUAUGGAGAAGCCCAAACAGGGCUUCUGGGAGGAGUUUGAGAUGUUACAGCAACAGGAAUGCAAACUCCUUUACCCACGGAAAGAAGGACAGAGACCUGAAAACAAAAGCAAGAACCGCUACAAGAACAUUCUGCCAUUUGACACCACACGGGUUGAGCUCAAGGAAACUGAUCCUGAGAUUUUAGGCUCAGAUUACAUUAAUGCAAAUUACAUUCAAAGUGUUCAGGAAGAUAGCCGACAGCUAUGCAAAGGUAAAGUCUUCAUUGCUACACAAGGAUGCUUGCAGAACACUGUAAAGGAUUUCUGGAAGAUGGUGUACCAAGAAAACACACAUGUCAUUGUCAUGACAACAAAAGAAGUAGAGCGAGGCCGGAACAAAUGUGUACGCUAUUGGCCUGACUUGGAAACCACCAAGGAGUAUGGCAGUCUCCAAGUGAGGAACAUUGAAGAACGAACUGCUCAGGACUAUGUUCUAAGAAAGCUGGAGGUCUCAUGUUUGAAUGGGGAUGAACCUCACAGAUACAUUUGGCACUACCAGUAUCUAAGCUGGCCUGACCAUGGAGUUCCCAAUGAGCCUGGAGGGGUGUUAAGCUUCUUGGAGCAAGUAAAUCGUACUCAACAAAGCAUUCCAGACACAGGUCCUAUUGUGGUGCACUGCAGUGCAGGCAUCGGUAGAACUGGAACAAUCAUUGUAAUUGACAUUCUUAUUGACAUUAUUAACAGGCAAGGCCUGGAUUGUGACAUAGACAUCCCCAAGACUAUACAGAUGGUGCGGCGACAGCGCUCAGGGAUGGUGCAGACAGAAGCUCAGUAUAAAUUCAUUUAUAUGGCUGUCCAGCAGUACAUAGACACUGCACAGAAAAGGUUAGAGGAAGAACAGAGAAAUAAAAUUAAAGAGAGGGAGUAUUCAAAUAUCCGUUAUCCACCAAUGGAAAACACUAAGCUGAGACCACAGACUCCUACACCUAGAGGAACUUCGGCACUGGAGGAUGACUCCACAGGUGUGUAUGAGAAUUUAAAUUUAAAAAAUCCAAAAGUUCCAGGAAUCAGCAACACUAGAAGAUAAAGCUAAAGACUGAACUGCUUUUGGACUCACAACAAGUGCCUCUUUCAACAGUGUAGCUGGAGCAAUGGUGUUGGCCAAAGCAAUGAGAGGUCAAGUGAUGAACAGCCCAUAGGCUCCAAGUAAGAAGAGGGAGUGGACUUUACCAUCUGGAAUACUUUAAAACUCCUGCUGUUUAUUUUUUUUUUUUUUCCUUAGUCUGCAUGUCUUCAGUGUGCACCUUUUUUAUGGGAAGCGAAGGCAGAGCAGCUAUAUACAUACAGACUCCUUUCUGCCCACAGAAUUGAUCUACUUUAGCCAAAGAGCAAACAAUAUAGAAUGGUGAGCUGUGGAAAAAAAUGUAAACAUUAAAAAAAAAAAUCUAAGUGUUUGUGAGUUUUGCACAAAUGCAAGAAGUACACUCAUGUGGUGUGGAAGAGGAAUUCUUGCUAACCUGCCAUGAAACAUGUGACUAAUGCCGCCUCUACCUGAACGCUUUGCAUGAAGACUUGGACUUGUCAGGCAAGUCAAACAAAUCACCCAGAUUUUUGUAUCUGGUAACCAACUGAGUAUUUAAUUUUCUUACCUUUUUUUAUUAACGUUAUGAGAAAGAUGCAUUACCUUGCUGUAAAUAGGUUUCCUUAUUCUGUAUGCAAAGCAAGAUGGUAC